AUGAUAUUGACCCGACCCGGCCCAACGUGUCGAGUAAUAGCGGAGACAGAGUGGACUCGCCACUGCAACUCAGCGGAAAUGAGUCAUUGUACGCUCUGGAGCUCUCCAUCCAGAACCAGAACCCUAGAAUUGAAGGGAAAUGGAGGAUAUAGGACUGUAGAGAGGGUGAAGAGAGGGAUUUUCACUAUAAAUAUGAGAGACAGAAGUCAGAAUCGGAAGCCAUUGCAGAGAGGGAGGAAUCUGAGCAUCGAAGCGAUUCAGGCAGUGCAGGCACUGAAGCGCGCUAAGAGAGAUGAGUCGUCGCUGGAGAGAGUGUUUGAGUCGAAGGUCCGGCGUUUGUUGAAGCUUGAUAUGAUCGCCGUUCUUAAGCAACUUCUGAACCAGAACGAAUGCCUUCUGGCCCUAAAGGUUUUUGAUGAUGUUCGGAAGGAGUAUUGGUAUAAGCCUCAAGUUUCACUCUAUGCCGAAAUGAUUAGGGUGCUGGGUAGCAAUGGGUUGUUUGAACAGGUUCACCUUCUCCUCUCUUACUUGAAAAAGGAAACUGGUCUAGAGCUUGAAACUGAGGGCUUUAAUGCUCUGUUGAGGACUUUGAUUGAUUUCGACAUGACUGGGCCUGCAAUGGAGUGUUUUCAGUUGAUGAAAACAUCUGGAUGUGAACCCAAUAAGUCCUCCUUCAGAAUACUGAUAAAGGGUUUAGAAUCAAAGGGAGAAUUGGAUAUUUCAGCCACUGUAAAGCUGGAUGCUCAAAAAUAUUUUGGUGAAUCACUGGAGUUUCUAGAGGAGGAGGAAGACAUGACAGUGGGCUACAACUAUAACUGACUGCGGGAGAAGAGAACAAAUGGGAUUGUCUGGAAACAUAUAUUAGGUAAUGUUUGCUUGUCUUGAUUCUCUUGAAGGGCAAUCUGAGGGGUUUUCAGCAGAGUGAUCAUCAUCAUACAGCAUAUGCCCAGAUACAUAUAGGGUUUUUUCGGGUUUUCUAACACUGCUACGACCUCAUCUUUUAGCAAACAUCUUACAUUCAACCCUAGCAUUAAUGCUGACUGGAUGAGUCUUCAUUCUUCCAUGUGUGCAUAUCUAAUACAUGAUGUAAUGGGGCUGUUUGUUGUAUAAAUUCAUUGCAAUAAUACAAUUAUGCUACCAAUUCUCUGUGGUUACUUUUCA